UUGUCCAGGAGGCAGGGGGCGGUGCUUCUGCUGCAACUCGCGGAGGCGAUUGGGCGGCCGUGGAAGGCGGGCGCCUAGAUUGGGCCAGCAGGUUCUGGCAGGUUCCAGAAGGCGGCUGCGCGCGCUAUAAAAGAGGCGCCGACGGCCGUUUAACGGCACAGCGCGCCGCAGACAGGAGGGAGCGCGGGCGGUGCGAAGUGCGAGCUAGCGAGGAGUUGAGCUGGAAAAGGCGUCAUCAUGUCUGGCAAAGGGCCGGCGAUCGGCAUCGACUUGGGCACCACGUAUUCCUGCGUGGGCGUCUUCCAGCAUGGCAAAGUGGAGAUCAUUGCCAACGACCAGGGCAACCGCACCACACCCAGCUAUGUGGCCUUCACCGAUACUGAGCGCCUCAUCGGCGAUGCUGCCAAGAACCAAGUGGCUAUGAACCCCACCAACACCAUCUUCGAUGCCAAGCGCCUCAUCGGCCGCAAGUAUGAUGACCCCACGGUGCAGUCAGAUAUGAAGCACUGGCCCUUCCGUGUGGUGAAUGAGAGUGGCAAGCCCAAGGUGCAAGUGGAAUACAAGGGUGAGAUGAAGACCUUCUUUCCAGAGGAGAUCAGCUCCAUGGUCCUUACCAAGAUGAAGGAGAUUGCUGAGGCUUACCUGGGCCGCAAGGUGCAGAAUGCUGUUAUCACAGUGCCAGCUUACUUCAAUGACUCCCAGCGCCAGGCCACCAAAGAUGCUGGCACCAUCACUGGCCUUAAUGUGAUGCGCAUCAUCAACGAGCCCACGGCAGCUGCCAUAGCGUAUGGCUUGGAUAAGAAAGGUACCCGGGCUGGAGAGAAGAAUGUGCUCAUUUUUGACUUGGGAGGGGGCACUUUUGAUGUGUCCAUCCUCACCAUUGAGGAUGGUAUCUUUGAAGUGAAGUCCACAGCUGGUGAUACCCAUCUGGGUGGGGAGGACUUUGACAACCGCAUGGUGAACCACUUUGUAGAAGAGUUCAAACGUAAGCACAAGCGUGACAUUGCGGGCAAUAAGCGAGCAGUGAGACGGCUGCGCACCGCUUGCGAGAGAGCUAAGCGCACCCUCAGCUCCUCCACCCAAGCUAGCAUUGAGAUCGACUCGCUGUAUGAGGGCAUUGACUUCUACACCUCCAUUACUCGUGCCCGCUUUGAGGAGCUCAACGCUGAUCUCUUCCGUGGCACGUUAGAGCCAGUGGAGAAGGCCCUGCGUGAUGCCAAACUAGACAAGGGCCAAAUCCAGGAGAUAGUGCUGGUGGGCGGCUCCACUCGUAUACCCAAGAUCCAGAAGCUGCUACAGGACUUCUUCAAUGGCAAAGAGCUCAACAAAAGCAUCAAUCCAGAUGAGGCCGUUGCUUAUGGUGCUGCCGUGCAAGCAGCGAUCCUCAUGGGUGACAAGUCUGAGAACGUGCAGGAUCUGCUCUUGUUGGAUGUCACCCCUCUGUCCCUGGGCAUCGAGACUGCCGGAGGAGUAAUGACCGCUCUCAUCAAGCGUAACACCACCAUUCCCACCAAGCAAACCCAGACCUUCACCACCUACUCAGACAACCAGAGCAGUGUCCUUGUGCAGGUGUAUGAGGGCGAGAGGGCCAUGACAAAGGACAACAACUUGCUGGGCAAGUUUGAUCUAACAGGGAUCCCCCCAGCGCCCCGUGGCGUCCCCCAGAUCGAGGUGACGUUUGACAUAGAUGCCAAUGGUAUCCUGAAUGUCAGUGCUGUGGACAAGAGCACGGGGAAGGAGAACAAGAUCACGAUCACCAACGACAAGGGGCGCCUCAGCAAGGAUGAUAUCGACCGCAUGGUGCAGGAAGCAGAGAAAUACAAAGCUGAGGACGAAGCUAAUCGGGAUCGGGUGUCCGCCAAGAACUCCCUCGAGUCCUACACGUACAACAUGAAGCAGACGGUGGAGGAUGAUAAACUGAAGGGAAAGAUCAGCGAUCAGGACAAGCAGAAAGUGCUCGACAAGUGCCGGGAUGUGAUCAGUUGGCUCGACCGUAACCAGAUGGCCGAGAAGGAGGAGUACGAGCACAAGCAGAAAGAGCUGGAGAAACUCUGCAACCCGAUCAUCACAAAAUUGUACCAGGGAGCUGGGGGGGCCGGGGCAGCCGGCUCCGGAGGCCCAACCAUUGAAGAAGUAGAUUAAAUAGGACUGAACUAUAGACUGGUUUAUGGACACUCCGUUCUCUGCUUUAUUUUUAUUUUUUUUUCCUAACGUUUAAGAAAAACGUCAUUGCCAAUAACAGAGUUUAUUCUGUUGGGUGUGUAUAAAGGCAGAUCUUUCAGCUUGGUUUUGAUAAAAAGGGAAGGCACCUCCUGCUUUAUAAGGUUAGUAAUAGCAAAGUUUUGUUAAUUCAGAUGCAGCUAUUUGUAUUCUGGAUAUUUGUCUCUGUUUAAAGUGUCUCUUCUGAAGUAACCACUCGACUGUUGCAGUUGACAAAGUUUAGUUAUGCAUGGAAAAAACUUUAUAAAAAGAUUUUUAAAAUGCCAAAUUCGGCUUCUGGAAAACUUUUUUGGUAAUAAAU